AUGGGCAAGAACCCGAUUAUGACAGCCGGAGCAAUCUCUUUGGCAACGGCAAUUAACAGUAACGAAAACUGUGCCAUAACGCUUUUCGACCUGACGGACAUUGCCGUUGAAUAUGAAUUUCUCCGGAUCAUCACAGACAUCAAAAGCAAGCGGGGAGAUUUCCAAGUUAAUUAUGGAUAUGUUCUGCGGUCGGGAAACACAGCGCAGGACUACGGAAAGGACGCUAUUGAUUUCGAUCCAAAUGCUGAGCCAACUACGUCGCUCUUCUCAAUUCCUGUUCUUUUGUUGGUCUCUCUCUCUCUCUUCUCAAUUCCUGUUCUUUUGUUGGUCUCUCUCUCUCACUCUCUCUCUUCUCAAUUCCUGUUCUUUUGUUGGUCUCUCUCUCUCACUCUCUCUCUUCUAAAUUCCUGUUCUUUUGUUGGUCUCUCUCUCCCUUCUCAAUUCCUGUUCUUUUGUUGGUCUCUCUCUCUUCUCAAUUCCUGUUCUUUUGUUGGUCUCUCUCUCUUCUCAAUUCCUGUUCUUUUGUUGGUCUCUCUCUCUUCUCAAUUCCUGUUCUUUAGCACAUAUCUCUCUCUCUCUCUUCAAUUCCUGUUCUUUUGUUGGUCUCUCUCUCUUCUCAAUUCCUGUUCUUUUGUUGGUCUCUCUCUUCUCAAUUCCUGUUCUUUUGUUGGUCUCUCUCUCUUCUCAAUUCCUGUUCUUUUGUUGGUCUCUCUCUUCUCAAUUCCUGUUCUUUUGUUGGUCUCUCUCUCUUCUCAAUUCCUGUUCUUUUUUUUUGGUCUCUCUCUCUUCUCAAUUCCUGUUCUUUUGUUGGUCUCUCUCUCUCUUCUCAAUUCCUGUUCUUUUGUUGGUCUCUCUCUCUUCUCAAUUCCUGUUCUUUUGUUGGUCUCUCUCUCUCUUCUCAAUUCCUGUUCUUUUGUUGGUCUCUCUCUCUUCUCAAUUCCUGUUCUUUUUGUUGGUCUUUCUCUCUCUUCUCAAUUCCUGUUCUUUUGUUGGUCUCUCUCUCUUCUCAAUUCCUGUUCUUUUGUUGGUCUCUCUCUCUUCUCAAUUCCUGUUCUUUUGUUGGUCUCUCUCUCUUCUCAAUUCCUGUUCUUUUGUUGGUCUCUCUCUCUUCUCAAUUCCUGUUCUUUUGUUCAAUCUCUCUCUCUUCUCAAUUCCUGUUCUUUUGUUGGUCUCUCUCUCUUCUCAAUUCCUGUUCUUUUGUUGGUCUCUCUCUCUUCUCAAUUCCUGUUCUUUUGUUGGUCUCUCUCUCUUCUCAAUUCCUGUUCUUUUGUUGGUCUCUCUCUCUUCUCAAUUCCUGUUCUUUUGUUGGUCUCUCUCUCUUCUCAAUUCCAGUUCUUUUGUUGGUCUCUCUCUCUUCUCAAUUCCUGUUCUUUUGUUGGUCUCUCUCUCUUCUCAAUUCUGUUCUUUUGUUGGUCUCUCUCUCUUCUGAAUUCCUGUUCUUUUUGUUGGUCUCUCUCUCUUCUCUCUCUCUUCUAA